AUGGCCGAUCGCAAAGUACUUCAAGUGACCAACAUAACACACAGUGCCUCAGAUGCCGACUUAGCAGAUUUAUUUAGCGUUGCCGGAGACGUUGCUAGGACCUCUAUAAUACAAUCAGGAUUCCCAUACUACGCGUUUGUGGAAUACUUUAGCCCCCACGAUGCCAUGCGUGCACUAAACUUGAACGGAAAGUUCUUUGGACCUUCAAAGAUAACUGUAGAGCUUGCAACUCAGCCUUUUCCUCAGCAGCCUCUGCUCGGAGCAGCUCCUGGUAUGAGAAUGAACAACGAUCCAGUCUUCAGAAGACCAAUAAUACCCGAUAAUGAUCUUAGACCAAUCCAAAACAACAUGAACCCUAUUAAUAUCCCUAAUAGAUCGAUAGUAGUUCAACUGAAUAAACCGACCAACAUAGCUCCCGAACAUGUGACCGAGGUGUUGCUGACCAACAUUCCUGUCUCUGUCAAGGAACAUAACCUCCAUCAGAUAUUUUCCGAGUUUGGUGUCGUGGUUGAUGCCGUCAUUGUGAAAGAUGCCUCAGGUCUGACAACUGGUCGAGGUAGUGUUUCUUUCGCUUCAAUGGAAAAUGCAGUCAGAGCAGCUUCCUCCAUGGACGGAAAGAUGUUGGAAGGAGGCCAUGCUAGGUUGAUGUGUGUGGUUAAAGAUAACCACAUGAUGAAUCCAGGCAACAAUGGACCUGGUAACCGUGGAGGACCCGGUCCAGUCAGGGAUUUAAGAGCCAACUUAUCUAAUAAUAAUAACUCAAAUAUUCGACACCACCCGUACCAGGGUAACAAUAUGCCCAACCCACCCCACCAACCGUUUAACAACAAUGCUCCCCCCAUGUUUGGACAAGGACCUCCCCCUGGCCCUCCUCAGGAUCAAUUCCAUCAACAUUUUGAUGCUCCUCCCAACAACAUGAACUCUCACUCUACGUUUAACGUGCAUGGUAGAGAGCCCCAUUCACUUACAACAGCCCCCAAUGCCCCGGUUAUACAACAGCAAGCUGCUGCUGUUUACGUUGGGAACCUCCCUGAAACAACUUGUAGAAACUGCCUGCUUUAUCAACUAUUUGCACCGUAUGGAGCUGUUUCCUCUGUUAAAUCUAUGGACGUGAAGGCACCAAGAGAAGAUGUCAAGUCAAAUUGGUAUGGAUUUGUUAACUAUAAAGACAUCAGCUGCGCUAAUGUAGCAAUUCUCACACUGGACAAAAGCACUCUGGAUGGACAAACUCUGAAAGUAGUUAUGAAGACUGAAAAACCAGGAUUUAAUAAAGGUGAUAGAAGAAGUGGUCCGAAAUUUGAAGUUAGGAACAAGUUCUAAUGUUAUAAUAUAAUUUUAUCUGAUAUUUAUUAUCAAGAUGUUUUUAUAGUUAUCCAGUUAUCUCUAAAAUAGUAUAUUAUCAAUGAUUUUUAGUGUACUUGAAUAGCUUUACUGUUAUUGUUUGACUUUUGGUCAAUAAUGAUCGAUUAAAAACAUAUUCAUUUAACUUAUUGAAUAGACCAUUUCCAUAACAGAUUUAAGACGCAUCAAAAGACAAUGUUUGAAAUUUUAGCUUUCAACCGUGCGCGUGGCAAGAGGUCUGUGUCAUUAUUUACAAACAGAGAACAGUAUCUAGAAAUAUUUGCACCCUUGUUUUAUUGGAAUUAUAAAGUUUUUCAUUCUUUCAAUCAGCGUUGAUUCAUAAAUUCAUGUUAUUUUUUAUUGACUACAAGUGACCUAAUAUUUAAAUGAUAUUCAUUGCUUUCAUUGUUUAUCUGGUUCAAAAUUAUACGGAUACGGUAAGAAAUUCCAUACUGUUAUGUCUCCUAUUAUACUACUUAUUGACUUAUCAUCCAAUGCAGUUCCCAGUUUAGACAAUGAUUGAUGACAUAAUGUAUUAAUAUGUGUUUUUUUGAAAUCCGUGCAAGAUGUAUCUUAGAUACUAUUUUCUGUGAAUCUUAAAUUGGUUGUCCUUCAUCAAAAUUACUCAAAUUGAUUUUAUUUUAAAACUAUUUCAUUCCAAAUGUUCCAUUUUGUAUUCACUCUUUCAUACCCUCUGGGAUUACACUGAAAAUUGAAUUACACAAUAUACUGUACCUAUUAUUGAAUGAUGUUUUUUAAUAUUCGAUCCGUUGCAUCAGUCAGUUUAACCUCGCAAUAAUUGUGUUAUUUCGUACUAGGUACACAAGUUGUUCAUUCAAACAAAAAUUAUGAAUUAAUUCUUUAUCAUGUACUAUUCCUUUGUUUUCAAUUUUAACUUUCUUUACAGAACUGUGAUAAGAUGGCUGAUAAACUGACACCAGAUCAGAAAAAGAAGUUGAUGAUCAACUAUCUGCCGAGAUCAGUAGAGGUCAACCAGUUGAAAGGAAUGUUUGAAAAGUUUGGCGAAGUUGCUAAUGCCCACAUUGUCAAAAAUACAGCAACCAAUGAAUCCAAAGGCUAUGGCUUCAUCACCUUUGAAGAUGAGAACUCUGCUGUGGGUGCCAUCAUUGAGCUGAACGGACAUCAGAUGGAGGACAAGAGAUUGAGAGUGGCCUACUCCACUCCAAUAGAUGAUACCAACCGAUCAAAAGCCGCACCUGCUGCCUCUAAUGAUGAUGUGAAUGUCUAUAUUGCCAAUCUGCCAAAGACCUGGGAUGAAAAAGAGCUGACAGCUAGAUUCGAAACCUAUGGACCAGUGAAACAUUGUAAGAUCUUAAGAGACGUUUCAGGUGCAAGCAGGGGAGCUGGCUUUGUUCGCUACGAGACUUCCAAGAUGGCUGCUGCAGCUAUCCUUGACAUGGAUGACAGAUGCCCUGAGGGAGGAUCUUUACCACUUAUUGUUAAGAUUGCUGAUGGAAAAAAGAAGGAGAAACCAGUAGCCGCAAGCAUCAACCACAGUGGCCUUCCUGGUCUUGUACUCAACCACAACCCUUCAACCGCUAGUGCAUUGCAAGCAAUGACAGCUGUUCCCCCCUCAAACAACGGGUACACUCAACAUUCUCACAACGUUGACCACCGUUACAACCCUUACAGCAAGCCUCCAUCUCACUCUCAGACACCACCACCAAGUGCAUAUUCUCACCCUGGUGCAUAUCCUCCUAUUGGAUCUAGCUACUCAUCACCUGCACCCUCUGGAUCUCACUCAAAUCCAAACCCAUACUCAGCACCAAGUCCUUACAACAGCACACCACCACAGCACUCUGCACCCUCCAACACUGUCAUUCCAGGUUACAACCCUCCCCCUCACUCUCACCCCAUGAUGGCACCUUCUUCCAUGGCACCAGGUCCAGGUCCAGUUCCUGCAGCUGCUAUUAACAACAAGAACAACCAUUACUGUAUCUACAUUGGCAAUCUACCAGAAACUACCUGUAAGAGUUGCCUGCUAUACCAGUUGUUCUCGCCUUAUGGUGCAAUUGCUAAUGUUAAGCCCAUGAGCAAUGUUAAGCCUGAUGGUGGAAACGACCAUUGGUUUGCUUUUGUUAAUUUCAAGAGCCAUGCCGAUGCAGCUACCGCCAUCCAAUCAUUGAAUGGUUCUACUCUGAAUGGAAGAAGCCUCAAGGUUGACUUCAAGACCGAAAAACGAAAGUAGUCCUAUCUAAACAUUACCGAGUAUUAGUUUGUCGUUCUUUACACGAGACAAAAAUUUUUACUUUAAAGAGCUUUUAGUGCAAAUCUGCACUGAUUAUAAUUUCAAAUUCAACCUCUUUACCUGUGCAUGACCUCAAGAUGUAAAAUUUUCAUUCGAGUGUUUGUUAAUUUUCAGCAAUAUUAGGACUAGCUCCUUUUCUUGGCAAACUCUCCCUGUUUCUGAUUUUUAAUGUAACUGUUGAAGGACAUUACUUUGCAAACUGCCGGUUUUUGCCGGCAUCAUUUUAGAUAUUUAUAUUAUGAGCUUCGGAAAUUUUCCAUUACUUUUAUUUUUGGAGGUAGUUUGUGCUUUAUUUCGCAGAGUUAAAAGUUUUGAUUUAAUCCGAAUAUUUAUGAAACUAAAUUGCAUUGAGUACCGCUAGCUUAUAUGUUCCUAUUUGAGUUUUCUCAACAUUUAUUAACAUGAGUGUUGUAAAAUGUUCCCCUGUCUGGCUUUGCUGAAUUUAUUGAUAUUCGUUUAUAUUAUAAUAUGUCGGAUACCAUGCCACGAACUAAAAUUUACCUUGAUUCUAGUUUUA